AUGGAGUUCAUCUCAAACCGUCCCGAGGAGCAGCCGAUGGGUCGUUGGACUUGGUGUCUCCUGUUCUUCCUCUUUCGCGCGAUUGACAUACUCUUCUGCUAUGUCUUUGCAUACACCUCUAGCGCGCAUAAAUUCCUGAGGGCUAUGGAGUUCCACGACGCAGACCUUAGGAACAUCAACCCGACAGCGCGCACACUGGCUGCGUUGUACCCGCUUCUGUGGUGCGCCAUCAUUGCCUAUGUGGUCUUUUUGAUCGCUCAUCCGCAGUGGAUCUGUUAUCCCCUGAUGAGGAAGGCGGAAGAUAGGUAUGUUGCCGCAGCGCCGUGA